CAAUGUCAUUGUCAGCCACUCAACACCAGAUCAAUUCAACCAUAGGAAUACAUACAUUUCCUCGAAAGAUUACUGCAAUGUUCACCAUGGAAACUAUUCCUAAAAUCGGUGGAAUAUUCCUUGCCUUUGUCGUAAUUUUUGCUUCCGCUCAACUCGAAGCCAUCGUGGAACCAGGGAUUCCACUCGAGCAGGAAGUUGUGAUCGAUUCUGGCUCACCAACCAAUUGGGGAGAAUGGUUCGCCUUCGAAAACUGUCCUCCAAACACCUUCGUCUUCGGAAUGCAGCAAAAGAACCACGGAGAACAGGGUGCAUUUGGAGAGGAUACGGCCCUUAAUGGCGUGACCUUCUUUUGCGGCCCUUUCGAAGCCAGUGUCGAAAACUUGACGGUUGUCAAAGCCUUCGAAGACGGCAAUGGUACCGAACCAAUCGUCCAUACCGCAAUCACUUCCCAAUUUCACGAUUGGGGAAGCUGGGGCAAAACUUCAAAUUGUUCAAAGUAUGAAAUAGCGACCGGGUUUCAGAUGCGAUUUGAACCUAGCGGAGGAUGGUUUGUGGAUGAUACGGCAGCAAACAACCUACGUUUGUAUUGCAAUGGGAGAAAAUUUGAGUACUUGGAAGGGGAUGGGACUUCCUGGGGUGGAUGGGCGCAGGGACAGUGGUGUCCCGCUAAAAUGGCGAUGUGCGGGAUUAGUACGCAGGUCUACUAUUCCUCAGGGACAGACGACGAAACUGCAAUGGACGGACUUCGCGCUAAAUGCUGCGAUAUCCCCAACCCAGCCGCAAUUUGUAUCCCUACCGAUCAGUGGGACCUUGUCAUCGAGUGCGACAAUCUUGAAGCAAUUUCCCCCACGACAUGCACCUACUCAAAGAAGGUCGGAACUAGUAACUACACCUCUACUUCGGAGAAUCACUGGGAUAUUUUGAACACUUAUACCGAACUUGGGUUCGGAAUUGGCGGGGCGGCGGGUCCACUCCUUCUAAACUUCCAUUCCAACCUCAAUAUCAGUACUUCGACUGGAUACGAUUGGAAGACAUCGUCCACAGAAAUGUGGAACGAAGAGAUCACGACGACGGUUACAUUUGAAGUACCGGCCCGCGUAAGGAGCGAACUAUUUCAGAUUUUCGGUCAUUGUGGUAUCUAUGGUGCUAGGGCUACCCGGUUUAAGAAAGUCGAUACCGAGGCGGAUGGUACUGGAUUUUUGAAACAAGUUGUAUCUUAUUUUGAUGCGUAGAUUUUUUGAAAUUAUACAAUAAUAAAAUAUAUGUUUAUGCAAGCAAA